AUGCCUUUUCGUAAAUUAUUCCAAAGGGCAAUUAUGGGUUCUACUGAAAUAGUUUUUGGAUAUCUGUAUAGUACAUUGAAUUUCGGGCACAAGAGUGCAACUCUUACAGAGUCAAGUUUAGUGGUCGCAGCGUUUUUUUUCUUCACGAUGUUCACAGUGGUCAUCCUUAGCGCGGCAAACGGUAUCUAUCAGAAUUCAAUUUACGGCCUUGUUGCUGCAUUUCCUUCAAAGUUUACUAACGCAGUUGUAUUAGGCAAUAACAUCUUUUUAGUUUUCGAAGGUAGUGUAACGGAUGCUGCAUUAGCUUACUUUAUAAUUUCUAUCACAACAAUAAUAUUAUGCUUCAUAUCGCUUCUGAUAUUGCCUCGACUGGACUUUUACAAGUACUAUAUGAGAAGCCAUAAGCAGAAUCGGGAGAAAGCUGCGCUUACGUGUAAUGACAGCAAGGCGAAAUUGUAUACGUCAACCUUUAAGCAGUGUUGGGUCCAAUGUCUGUCCAUCUUUCUUGUGUUUACCGUAACACUUACCAUAUUUCCUGGAAUAAUGGCUAACGUCAAACCCUUUCACCAGGACAAGAGAAAAGAUAGCUACGAUUUUAUUAUUCCAGAGAAAUUAUUUACUCCCAUUACUACAUUUUUGCUUUUCAACGUUUUUGCUUUGGUCGGAUCAGCAACCGCGAAUAGAGUACAUUGGCCAUCUCCUCGCUUUAUAAUCAUCCCAUCUGCUUUACGACUUCUGUUUAUUCCGACCAUGAUGUUUUGCAAUUUUCGACCGGAGCGUCGGACAUGGCCAGUUCUUAUUCCAAAUGAAUACGUUUAUAUAAUGUUUGCUAUCAUAAUGUCGUUCACUAGCGGUUAUCUCAGUUCACUAGGAAUGAUGUAUGCUUCUAAGGUUGUGGAACCUUCAAAAGCUCCUAUUGCUGGCAUGAUGGCUGCGUUCUCCUUGGCUAGCGGUAUGUGA